CUAUUACUUGACGUGCCAAGAGAGCAUCUUGCAGAAGCAAUUGUUUGGGAAAGUGUUCAAUCCCAAGCAGACAGCUCCCAGCUUCACUGUGCUCAACUCCAUCCGAAAUUACUUCCAGACGUAUGUCGGAUACAUUGAAAAACUCAAAGGCUCAAAUAGAAUGUAUUUGUCCAGCUUGAACAGCAACAUCCCACAAGUGAUGCAGGAACAACUACAACAUGAAAUAUCCUCCUUGCCUAUGAUAAUCGACACGUUUUGCAGAGAGGGACAGUACCUGACUGGAUUCAGUCUGCUGAAAACUAUAGGCAGCGCUUUCAUUUUGCUCGGUCCCAAAGAAUUAAACAUUGUGGAGCAGGUGCGUUUAGUGAUGGUUUCAAAAUGUUUGCCGCAGCUCCUGCACGUGGUGGUGUCUGCAGAGAACGUCGACACAAACCUCCUGUACAACCUUUUGCUGGCCACUCAAAAAGCAUAUCUGAAAUACAUCCACCACUAUUUGAAAACCUACAAGCGUCAGCCCAAGAAGCUGAGAGAUAUUUCCAUUGUCGGCAUAAAACUCCUAGACUUGUAUGGGGAAACAACAGGCAGGGACGUCAUGGUUGACGCAGCGAUAACUUGCAAGUGGUGGAGUAAACUCAAAGGCGUUCGUGCUAAGAUCCCGUACGACGAGUUUUUCAAAGCGAAGGCAGAUUCUAGACUCAAGUGGCUCAUUGGUCUCGAUGUCGUCGAUGUGCCCACCAUAAAAACGUACUGUGAGGAUUUUCGACUCGAUGUUGAAUAUUACUACAAGGAAUUUUUGAAGGGCUGUUUGAUCAACUGGAAACCCAAAUACGAGAUUUCCUCAAACUUAGAUGGAAAAAAAUCGUUGAUUAUGUUGAAUGACGAACAUUCCCUUCUAUCGAAAUGCCAGGAAAUUAUCAAUGAACUCAAAGAUAAGAACGCAGUUUUCGCCAUAAUGGAGAAGAUUCUGAAAGUCGCUAAUUUCUACCACUAUGAAGUGUUCAUCUGCGCCUAUAGAAUACUCGAGAACAACACCCAAAGCUCGGUGUCUAGAAGCACCGACAUUAACCUGCUGUUGUUCUUGAAAACAUAUUCGAGGUUCAGCGUUCCCAGUCAACGUGAAAGAGAGGAGUGGUACACCAUGUUUCCUGAUAAUCAGUCCCUGGACGCUCUGUCAGAAUUCAGGCUCCCUUUCUCUCAGUUACUGUUCACAUCGGAUAUAUGGAGCAUUCUCAGGCCGGAAAUCAGUUUGAAAUCGUACAAGUUUUGGUUUGAUGGGAGUAAUAUUUUGAGGAAAAACUUGAAGAUCGAUGACAUUUGCGUGUACGCUGUGAAGCAAGUUGUUUCAAGCAGAGUGUUGGAAGAAAACUCAACCCAGGAUUGGACGUUGCACCCCAAUUUCGAGGACCUGCUUCAGCAGGUAGACGAAUGCGUUGGGCAUAUAUCCAAUUUGGAACGAGCUACCUCAGUGGUUUAA